AUGGCCUUCUUUGCUCAGUACAUUGAGAAGGAGAUAGAGGAGCGGUAUGAUGAAUGGGUUAGUUGUCGACUAGUAGUGAUGUUCAAGGAAAAGCAGGUUUUGAUGAAGCUAGCUGAUAUGGGCUUUGACGAUGAGCAAAAGGCUUCUAGUGGAAGAACGGACUAA